AAAAUUGUAAAUGAUCACGGCAGCUGGCAGUUUCACUUACUUAUUUCUUUCUUUGUUAAAAGCUAUUGUAAUCGGUUUAAUGCAUUUUUAGGACAGUGUAUUAUUAAUUAUUUAUAACGUGCACAAAGUUUUCGUUCUACAAUGGCUCAGUUCAAUUACCUAAACGAAAUAAACAGUUUGGCGACAAUGGAUGGUCCACUAACCAGAGGUCCGUUGCAAAGAUGGGAAAAGAAAAGCAACAUUGAGAACCGCAACCCGUCUCUGAGCACUUCUUUCAAGAAUGUUUCGAAUGCAAAUAUUAGUUCCUGCAAUCAGUCGAUGCAAAAACUGUCUUUAUCAGCUAACAACAAUGUAUCCACGCAUAAAACACCACCACGAAAUGAGAACAAGAAAGGGAAAAAGACGCCGUCAAAAAACAAAUCACCUGGUCGUAAUAUAGCUACUCCCACUCCAAACAAAUCAUCAAAAACACCAAAUAAAGCUGACAGGUUCAUCCCUUCCAGAAGUAAUUCUAAUUUCGAUUUGUGCCAUUAUAUGAUGAACCGUGAGGAAGAUAAAAAUGAGGAAGCUGCAGCGACGACAGCGGCCGGUGAGGCAAUUGGACGAGUGCUGAACGAGGCUGAGUCAGGGCGACUCCUGCAGUACACGUGCAAAGCCCCUGCUGCGCCCGAAGGCUACCAGAACAGACUGCGGGUUGUGUAUUCACAGUCUAAAGUGCCAUCGACAGUGAAGAACACGACAAGAUACAUACCUCAAGCCCCCGACAGGAUUUUAGAUGCGCCCGACAUUGUGGAUGAUUAUUAUUUGAACUUGGUAGACUGGAGCGCGUCGAACAUCCUAGCUGUAGCUUUAGGUAAUUCCGUGUACUUAUGGAACGCGGGGACCGGACAAAUUGACCAACUUCUGAGUCUUGAAGGCUCGGAGACCGUUUGCUCAGUCAACUGGGUGCAAGGCGGAGGCUCACACUUGGCCGUCGGAACCUCUUCGGCUACUGUGGAACUCUGGGACUGUGUCAAAAUGAAAAGAUCUAGGGUGAUGGACGGGCACACGGGCCGCGUGGGCUCGCUGGCGUGGAACAUGUACGUGGUGUCGUCGGGCGCGCGCGACGGCCGCGUGGUGCACCACGACGUGCGCCAGCGCGACCACGCCGUCGCCACCAUCGAUGCGCACACGCAGGAGAUCUGCGGACUGAAAUGGUCUCCCGACGGUCGCUACCUGGCAUCGGGCGGCAACGACAACCUGCUGAACAUCUGGCCCAUCGCACAGGGCCAACAUUACAGCCAACCACAGUACCUAUACUCCUUCAACCAGCAUUUAGCAGCUGUCAAGGGCCUCGCGUGGUGUCCAUGGAGCGCUGGUAUUCUAGCGUCGGGCGGAGGAACUGCUGACAGAACUAUACGGAUAUGGAACGUCAAUACCGGCGCCAACAUCAAUACUGUCGAUACCAAGUCUCAGGUGUGCUCGAUCGUGUGGAGCACGCACUACAAGGAGCUGGUCUCCGGGCACGGCUACGCGCACAACCAGCUGGUGGUGUGGCGCUACCCGCAGCUGGCGCGCGCGGCCGAGCUGGCGGGCCACGUGGCGCGCGUGCUGCACCUGGCGCUGUCGCCCGACGGCACCACCGUGCUCUCCGCCGGCGCCGACGAGACCCUCAGGCUGUGGAAAUGCUUCAUGAUAGACCCGGCCAAGAAAAAGGACCACACUGAGACCAAAGCAGCCAAAUCCCUACUUAGCUUCAACUCUCUUAUUAGAUAAUAAUGAACAACGCACGUUAUUUUUGCUGUGAACUCUACUGCCUAGUAUUAUGACUGAAAAUUGUGAUCCUCAUGUCUAGAUAUUAGCAAAAAAAAUUUUUAUGUAAUGUGUGUUGGACCUUAAAAGCUGAGCUGUAAGGAGAUACGUUCAAUCGCAUGUCAAAUUACUGCACGGUACUCUAUGUGUGAAUUUGGAAAACAUGAUAUGCUGUUGACUCUACACGCAAACUCAGUAAUGUGUAGUUGUACUUGAUCUUUUUAUUAACAACAUUUAACUCAAAUGUUGCUCUGUAUGUAACUUUAAAAAUCUCUGUGAUUUUUACAUUUUCUGUACUUGUUUUUCAUGUUUGUGAUGUGACAUCGAAUAUACUGUUAUGACGUAUUUUUGUAUAAGAUCUAUUUUUAAUAUUUGUGAUCGAUUUUAACACCCCACAGAACAAAUAAGAGAAGUUGAGGUCGUAAAAUGUGAACCGCGAUGUUCUGUGCUCUUAUUUUCUUGAUUCUCCUUAACUUUUUCUGUUCUCUCGUCUUGAUCUAAGUCGUAGUUGAAUUAAUUAAGACAUUUCAUUACCUCGGCUUCCUUGUUUAAGGGCUUUCUAGAAAUAUUAUGAUUCUAAUGCUUUAUUACGUACUAUUUCUACUAUUUUAAGUAUGAAUUGAUGUUGAAUUUAAAUAAUUUGGAUUAUUGUGAUUUUCUCA